AUGGCGUAUGAAGAGCGACUUGGCUUCAUCGACGCACAUCUGCCUCUAAUUCUGGACUCUGCUCGAAAUCCUUUGGCCGGAUUGAAAUGGUGGACAACAUUAGAUGAACCUUUUCAAGCUCUUGCUGCUUGUUGUGAACUUUCGAAAGCGACCAAGUUAGCUAACCCCGAAGAUUUCAUCUGUCAUUUGCCGGUACAUCAAGACGGGUGCUGCAACGGGUUGCAACACUAUGCAGCAUUGGGACGUGACGUAAGCGGUGCCAAAAGCGUGAACGUUUUACCCUCUGAAGUCCCUCAAGAUGUGUACGGAGCCGUGUGCGAUAUUGUGCUGGAGAAGAUCCGGAAAGAAAAGCGGGAUGACUGUCGGGACAUUGCGGAACUGGUAGAGCCAUUGGUUAACCGAAAGGUCGUCAAGCAGACUGUGAUGACUCAAGUUUAUGGCGUCACUUAUUAUGGAGGCAUUUUGCAAAUAAGAGCCCGCUUAAAGGAAACCGAAGCCCUUGAUUCGAAGGAACUGUCACUGGCGACCUCAUAUGUUACUAAUCUUGUCUUCGCGAGUAUUGGAGAUCUUUUUGUGUCGACUGGAAAGAUCAAAACCUGGCUCAGAGAAAUCGCAAAUGAAAUUGCCAAGGCCGGGUUGCCAGUUCAAUGGGUGACUCCUUUAGGCCUGCAAGUCAUUCAAAGUUACACCAAGCGUAUGUCAAAUAAAAACUUCAUCAACAGUCCGACGAAUAACAUGGCGACGUUAAAUAUAGUUAGAACUCCGGCGGCUGCUAAACACAAGAACGCUUUUCCGCCAAACUACAUCCACAGCUUGGACGCAACUCACAUGUUGUUGACAGCUCGCUCUUGUUUCAAACAAGGAGUCACUUUUGCCCACGUGCAUGAUUGUUUUUGGACGCAUGCGUGUGAUGUUGAUGACAUGAACAAAAUAUGUCGCGAAGAGUUUAUAAACCUACAUAAACUGCCGCUAUUAGAGAAUUUCGCGGACUUCGUGACUAAUAAUUUGCUGCCUGUUAUAAAAGACGAUAGGCGAAAAGACAGACUGACAAAAUUAUUGAAAAAUAUUCCCCCAGUGGGUGAUUUGGACAUGGAAGAGGUGAAGAAGUCCGUUUUCUUCUUCUCCUAG